AUGCUACGUUCACCUAAUGGAAGUGACAUCGGGCAGCGACAAGGUGGCUCCCUAACAAAUUUAUCAAGUCGUGGAUUAUAUGUAGAAGAUAACUUAGCUAACACAGCAGAAUCAUUUAUUACUACACGGAAGAGAAAGCAACCAGAAAUAGAUACAGAUAUAAAGCGGGAAAUAGACAUCUUGCAUAAAAAAAUAGAUAAAAUGAUGAAUUUUCUCACAGAAUUCACGAAAAAUCAAAAUGAAAGUAUUAAAAAACUGUCGGAAGACAUACUAUCAAUUAAAGAUCAGAUGAAUAAUAUGCAAGUUACAACUGAAAACCUUGUACAAGAACAAUACUCAAUUAAAACAAAACUAUCAGACCUAACAAAUUCAUCAGAAAACCAAGAUAAAAAGAUUAUUUCUCUUGAAUCUACAAUACAACAACUCCAAGUAACUUCACCACAACAAAGAACAUACGACAGUGAGCAUAUUAUGUCGGAGAUAAGUGAACGCAAAAGUCGCGAAAACAAUAUUAUUUUAAAAGGUGUACCUGAACCACUUCUCAAAUAUCACCGUGAAAGACAAGAUUCUGAUAAGUGUGAAGUUAUAAAUAUCGUCAAAAUGAUUUCCAAAGAUAUACCAGAACCAGUAAAUAUAUAUCGCCUGGGAAAAUAUGAUGCUAAAAAAUGUCGCCCAAUAAAAGCUAUUUUUCAGAAUCACGAUCCCGUUAAAUCUAUAUUACGUUUGAAACGAAAUGUGCAACUUAAUGACAUAAAAAUAUCCUCUGAUUUAACACCAGCACAGCAGGCUUAUUUUAAAAAUGUAAAGAAUCAGUUAGAUCUGCGCAUUAAUAAUGGCGAACAAAAUCUGACCAUAAAGUAUAAAAAUGGUGUACCUAAGAUUGUACAGAAACAUCCAAAAAAGUCCAAUCCAUUAUCUCCAGAGGCGAGGCAAAAAUGC